CAAGUCAACUGAUUGUUUACAGUUUGUUUUCAUUUUUCUGAUCGUUUUAAUUGUAGAAUUAAAUUUAAUUGGUAUGAUUAUUAUUUUCGAGGUGGUGGUUAGUUAGCAUUGAAUAUUCGUCUGGUUUCUUUUGGUUUAAUUUCAGCUUUAGAAAAGAUGUUUGGUGAAAAGAUUCUUUUGGUGAAAUUCUAUGAUUGUGUCCCCUGUAAAUGUUUCUCAAUGAAUUAACCACCGGGAAGGUGAGGAAAGCCAAAAGCGUAGAAGCCGCAAGGAUUAUUGCAUUUCUAUUCUAAAGAAAUUGAUUCAUUUCAACAAAAUUAACUCAAAGAAAAUUUAUCAGACAUGAUGAUGGUGAAGAUAGAAUACUUAUCUUCAACCAAUUUAACCAAUUUUUGCAAUUGUAAUACAAUUUACUGUUAUCUCAUUCGUCUCUAAUUACGUUUAUUCUUCGUAAUAUAAGAUUUCCCGUUGAUUUUGAUAACCCAAAAAUGAUUUUUCCAACACAAAUAUCAUCGUAAAUUUUUGCUUUCUUGGUUUCGUUAUUGAUCACCAUUUAUAUCUGUUGAAAGUUGUCACAAUUAACCAAAUAAGGAUUACUGUUAUAUCUUCAUCUGAUUGUACCUGUUGUUGUUUACUUGGAUUCAUUAAAACGAGUCGCUCUUCAUUUACGUUAUUGUUUACUUAACGUGGUUGGUUCUUGGCUAACGGUCAAUAUUGUUGAGGUGAAUUCGUAGUGAUUUUUUGUCUCUCUCCAUAAAUUUAAGAAAAUAAACUAUGGAUUUCACUCCUUCCGGUAGACCCAAGUUGGGUUACAGUUAUCCUUCUGAUCAACGUCGUGCCGGACCCGCUCCAUUAGCAUCUUUUGAAGAUCUACCAUCUGAUGAGCAGAUCAGUCCAGAGGGUGACAUUGGAGAUGAUAAUACUUUACAAGAUUUAUCUCCUGACUCGGAAGAGUUUGAUCAUAUAUUAAGUUUUGACAGUCGAGAUGUUUUGACCCAACCUUCACCACAUAAAGUGACCAUACCUCAUAGGCAAGAGCAAACCAAUGGACAUUACAAUUCUUACCAUGCAAAUGAUAAUCAACCUAUUAGUACAACUAUUAACGGAAUAUCAGUGAUACAAUCAACUUUGCCCAACACUAGUAACUAUGGUUUAUUAUCACCACCAUCAUCUUCUGGUCAACAAUUAAGUGGCUGCUGGUCAUCAUCAACACCAACAACCGUUACAUAUAGUCAGGUUUGUGUGGACGAGGAACCAGCCAGUGGAGAGGUAACACCGACAGGUUACAGUAGUCCAAUGGUUCCAGGUACAAGUGGUACUUAUGAUGGUUCAUCAGCUCGACCCUCUGGUGGUAGUAAUCUUAUGGUUCCCAGUGGAGAUGAAUCGGGCGGAGAAAAAUCACCAAGUCCAGAUUCACGAAGAAAAGGUUCUUGGACUGAUAUAUUUUUCCUUGGACGAAGUAGAUCUCGAUCUAAAUCACCCAUUGGAUCUGAAUGUUCCCAAAAAAGUCCAAAUUGUGACCAACCGGAUACAAUAACCACACCAACAGCUACAAAUACUCCCACAACGACCGGUAAUUCAAGCGGUAAAAAUAAGAAAGGAUUUUUUUCAUUUUUAAAGGUUGGCCGAAAGAACUCAACCUCCACUGUGGGGACAAACAAUGGAUCCACACUACAAGCACAACAACAAUCAUCUAGUCAUCAACCAUCAUUAUCAUUAAAUUCAUCAACAGUUGCUAUGCUUAGUCAAGAAAAUGAUACCAUUUCAAGUGCUAGUAAAAAAAGCAGCACCAAUAAUGAAAAUAAUAAUAAUUCUAGUAGUAUCAACGCUACAUUAUCAUCAUCAACUAAAAUUAAAUGUGAUUCAACAAUUUCCUCAACUUCUAGACCAAAUGUUGAUGGUAUUGUUGAUAAUUUUGUUGCUGUUGGUAAACUACAUGAAGAGUUAACAAUACCUCAGGAUCUCAAUGAACCUUGUGAAUCUCAACAAGAUAUAAUCAACAUAAUCGAGCGAGAAAUUGAACAGAGGAUGAGUGAUUUAAAUGAGAAUCUACAAAUAGAUUUACCUCUUGAUUUACAAUUUGAUGAAAUAAGAAGUAAAUUAUCUUCAACUAUUCCAGAUAAUCAAACAGCAUCAAAUGAGAAAACAAUUGACUCUUCCUACGAAACAGAGAUUUCUGUUGAACCAGUGAUCAAUACAAAUACUGCUAAUCAACUACCUAAACCUAAUUUAAUCAGAAAAUUACGAACACGUUCUGAAACAAUCGACGACGAAUGUCAAAGUUUACCUCGAAGUUUCAAAACCAAAGAGAUUGAGUCAACCACCAACAGAGGAACGGAAACUACUGUUGUGGCCACGAUCGAGCACAACAGUUCAGAAAAGGGUUAUUCUUCUGGAUCGGACUUAGAGGAAUCUAGUACUACGUUAAAUGCCGAGGUUUGUAGUAAGAAAGCAAUUUAUCUUAAACGUCAAUCUUCAGAGACAAGUGAAAACGAUUUCGAAGCUGCCACUUUGCUCAACCAUGAUUCAAUUGAUUACGAUGAUUAUGAUGGUCCAACCGAAUUAAUUAUUACUCCUGAUACAGAGGAAAAAUUGUCUCAGGAAAACUUUUCUCGAGCUUCAGCUCGACGACGACAUGAUAUUAAUACGAUACCUGUUGAUAGGCCAAGAAGUACAACUCCUAUCAAUAUUGCACCACUCGAAGCCUUUCUUUCCACUCCUUCACCAGAUCCAAAUGUGGAAAAGAUUCGUCUCUCACUUCCAGGGGAUACUUUUAUUUCUGCCAAUUAUGCUAAUAACUGUUCCAGAGUGAAAAGUCCACGUAAAAGUAAUCCAGCCAUUUGGCUUGAAUUCUGUGAAAAAGGGCUACAUAGUCCAAAAAAUUAUCACCGCCGACGACGAUCUACCUUUGAUAAUUCAUCUCGAGACUCGAUAGUUAGUACUAACAAUAACAUACCAGGUAUUGGUGUUGGUGUCGAAAGCCUUGGUAUUAACUUUGCCCAUUCAACUGCCGAUGCGUUCACCCCAGUCAACGAAACAUCAUCACAAGCAGUUUCACCGUUAACCCCAAUCACCCCGUUGGAUUUUGAAGACCAAUGGACACCAUUUGGAGAUAAUUUUAACCCAUACGCUUUUAUCAAAGAAAAUCUUGAGAGUACCGUUGAAAGAUACAAGUGGAGUAUGGAAUGUGAUAAAUGUGAUUGUCUUAUUGGUAAACUGGGCUCAUUUAAUUCAAAUGAUCCAUCAGGUUGUAAUACACCGGCAGAAGAUCAGAUAACUCCUCUUUCACCCCCUGAACUGGCUGAAUUGAAUAGCGGCGAUGAACAGCCACUUGUGUCUCCAAUUGCUUGUUCAUGUGAUUGUCACCUUAAUAUGUCAAUUCUUCCUUCCAACAAUCAGGCCAACAAAGGACAAAAACAUCAACAUCCACAACAAGAUGGAGUUUUCUCAAUUUCAUCUGACAUUUCUUCUGCUUCCAGUCGCCUUAUUCAAGCAUCUUCAGCAUCUUCCUCAAAAAGCUCACUAGUUGGAGAUGUUGAAGACAAGGCGUUAAGUUAGAUGAAUGCUAACCAAACGACACCGAGAAAAACACCAAUGCAAAAAAAACAAACAAACAAAAGAAGCAUAAUCAUUACAAUCAGUCAAUUAUUAUUCCAGCAAAAUUGAAAGGAUAAAGUGAUAAAAAUUCAAUUGCAACUUAUUGAAAAACUCAAAUUGUAUUCGUUGAUAUUUUUACUCUUCGUUGUUUGAUUUCUAUUCAAUUAACUCAACCAAUUAUCAACAAUUUCUAACGUCAACUAAUCAUUAUCAUAGAAGUUAUAUCUUACUGUUAUUAUUAAUUAUUCUCACCGUUAAUUCACAACAAGAAGUCACCAUAAAUCAACAAAAUGAUUCCAUAGAUGCAAAUUAAGUCCAAAUGAUUUGUUAAUUUCUGUCAAAUGACUUAUAUAUAAAUCAAAGACCGUUUGGAAUAAUGAUUGAUUCUAAUUGUGAAAAAAAACUUGAUAGUUUUCUUGGAAAUCAAUCAAUCUUCAAACAACAACUAAUACUUGAUCCAUGUUUGAUUAAAACUGAAAAAAAAACACAACCAACAGCACUAAUUAUAA